GCAGAGCCUGUUUCGCUUUCAGUUGUGGAAUGAGGAAGAGGCCACAGCAGUGCUGUGUCUCCCCAACUGACAGAUGGAGGGAAGAAAACUAUGUUGUGGAGACUAACAAUAAGAUGGAAAGUCUCUGUGGUAAGUACAGUCACAGACUGACAUGUGGGUGUGUUUCUGUGACCGGCUGUGAUACUGGAAGCAGCAUUCAUACACGCUGGAUGUCCCUGGUGUAGACGGUGACAUGCCAAAAGCAUGUCUGUCCAGGAGCUCGUGCUGAAACAACGGGCAGAGAUACUACAUGCACUGUGCAGCAGCGGCUCGGCUGAGCAUCUGGAACAGGUCCUGGACAUACUGCUGGCACAGGAGGAGCUCUCAUGGGAGGAAUACCAGAACGUACAGGUACCGGGGAGGGCACUGUACACUAACGCCAGACAGCUGCUCGACCUGGUUCAUACGAAGGGUGUGGAUACUUGUGGGCUCUUCCUCGCUGCUCUCAAACAGAUCCUUCCUGAUGCAAAGGGAGUUGGCUUCUCUUUGUCUGGAUGCCUUUCAAGCCUCGAAGGAAAAGAAGAAUACCAGAGCACAUCUAGUCAGACUCUUCUGACCCAGAGACCCAGCCUGGUCAGCGAGCUGCAAGGCUGCACUGAUGGCGCUCUGCAAGCUCUCCUCAUAUCAGGACUGUUCACCACAGCGGACUGCGAUGACGUGCGACUACCUAUACACACCCCCUCUCAGCAGGCGAGGCGUUUGCUGGACCACGUCAGGUCAAAAGGAGAAUCAGCAGCGAAGACUUUGCUGCAGUACAUCCAGCAAAAACAGGAAUCUGGAUCCACUCUGACGCAGGAGAAACCAACUCCCCCCAAAGAGUUUGUCAAGUAUCAGAAGAAGCUCAGCAGUUCUGUGUCUGCCCAGUCCUGCUUCCUCAGUACUUAUGGAGGGACCAGCCACAUGUCUCUGGAUGACAUCUACACUGAAGGUGAGCUGGAACUGGGUCAUGACUGUGCUGAUGCUUAUGGAUCUUUGGGCCCGGAGGACAUAGUCGGUACAGCAGGUACUGUGAACGAGGAGGCCGACACGGUGCUGGUGUCCGGGGAGGCAGGCAGCGGGAAGAGCACCUUGCUCCAGAGGCUGCACUUGCUGUGGGCUCGGGGGACGGCCCUGCAGGACUUCCUCCUUCUGUUUCCAUUCAGCUGUCGCAGGCUGAACUCAGAGCAGAGGGAGCUGUCGGUCCAAGAACUGCUGUUUCAGCACUGCUGCUGGCCAGACAGGGAGCAGGAGGAGAUCUUCCAGUUCAUCCUGGACCACCCACAUCUCAUCCUCUUCACUUUCGAUGGCUUGGAUGAGCUCAAGCAGAGCUUUUCAGAUGAACACAGGCUCUGCUGCCCCACCCAGCGUGCACCUGUUCACGUGCUAUUGUUCAACUUAAUCCAGGGUUCCCUCAUGAAGGGAGUGCGGAAAGUGGUGACCAGUCGCCCAGAGGCAGUGGGCCCCUCGUUGAAGAAACACCUUCGCAAAGAGGUCUUCCUGAAAGGCUUUUCCCCGAGUGGCAUUGACUGCUUUGUGAAGAAGCAUCACAGUGAUCCCACUGUGGCUGCUAAGGUUCUGGAGUCCCUACAGACAAACACAGCUUUACUUGGAUUGUGUCAUAGUCCGGUCCUCUGCUGGAUUGUGUCACAGUGCCACAAGGAGCUGCUUGGCUGUGGAGAGGGCAGCCCGCAAACAAUCACAGACGUGUACCUGAUGAUCUUACAGCACUUUCUCCAGCGCCAAAGCUCCCAGAAGAGCACUGUGGGGUUGGGUUGGCUUCAUGAGCACCUACAAACAGUCCUGCAUCUCGGGCGGCUUGCCUUUGAGUUGAUAGGAACCACCUGUUACAUCUUCUCAGGCGCAGACUUGGAGACAUGUGGUGUAACUGAAAAGGACAUCAGCAUGGGCUUCCUCAUUCAAAGCAAAGAUAUGUCCUCCACCCACUAUGAAUUCCUUCAUGUGACUCUGCAGUGUUUCUUUGCCGCUCUGUACAUUGUUCUCUCAAACAACACUGACCGUUCAACUAUCCCCAAGCUGUUUGAGCUGAAGGACCUGAGGGAGACUGGUCUGAGCAGCGCAUGCUUCGGGUCCUGCUUGCCUUCCACUUACCAACAGGAGGGGGAAGCAACAGCAGCUGAAACGCCAAAUCUGCAAAUCACAGCCACCUUUGUGUCAGGGCUGCUGUCUCAGCGCCAUCAAAGCCUGUGGCUCCACUGCUGCCCCAGUGCUGUGGUGGAGAAGAGGGUCAGACAGGUGGCGAAAUGUCUGUCCAAAGGCAUGCAGAAACACUUCAAGUCCAUUCCUCAGCCUGUAGAGGGGGAGAAGAAGAGUAUGCAUGCAAUGCCAGGCUUUGUCUGGCUUAUCAAAUGCAUCUACGAGAUGCAGGAGAGCAGGAUUGCAAAAGAUGCCAUGAGUAAGCUGGAGGUGGACCACUUGAAAUUGACAUACUGUAACAUUGGACCUGUGGAGUGCACGGCACUAGCGUACGUGCUCCAGCAUCUGAAGAAUCCUGUAGGCCUGCAGCUGGACAACAACUCUGUGGGCGAUGUUGGAGUGGAGCAGCUUCUUCCCUGCAUGCACAUUUGUAAUUCCCUGUAUCUUAGGAAUAAUAACAUUACAGAUGAGGGGAUCCGCAAACUGAUCGCUAAAGGAAUCCAGUGCGACAACUUCCGGAAAAUCGCGCUCUUCAACAACAAGCUAACUGAUGCAUGCACACAGCACUUUUCUCAUCUUCUGAAGACCAAGCAGAAUUUCCUUGCUCUCAGGCUGGGCAAUAAUAAUAUCACAGCGGAAGGAGCAAAGCAGCUGGCAGAGGGCCUGAAAUUCAACCAUUCACUGCAGUAUUUAGGGCUUUGGGGCAAUAAGAUAGGUGACGCAGGAGCAGAGGCCCUUGCACGGGUUCUAGAGAGCAGCAAUACUCUGGUGUGGCUCAGCCUGGCGGGCAACGGCGUGGGGAGCAGAGGAGCCCGCGCCCUCGCCAACAUCAUCAAGAACAGCACGUCACUGGAAGAGAUUUGGUUGAUAGAGAACUGCAUAACCAGAGCAGGGGUGGAAUGUCUGAUUCAAGCCCUCGAACACAACACUCAUGUGAAAUCGAUAUGCUUGAGAAACAACGACCUCACCCCGGAGGAAGUAGAGGAGAUGACACAACGUGAAUCCAGGCUGAUCUUCUGAGUCCGUACUGAGUUGGCAGAUGAAUGUAUUGCUUUUAAGAAAUGCUUGUUUUAUUUAUUCUAAAAAAUGUUUUAUAUUAAAACCUGAAAUGUAAAAUGUG